AGUAGUAAGUUAUUUGUUCCUGCACUUUGUACAAGUUCACAAUACAUUGUACAUUGUUAAUUAACGGUCUUUUUAAGGUGCUUUUGCUCAGAGUAUUGUGCUGUUUAGCAGUAGCAAAUGCAAGCUCUCCCAUUCUUCUUAUCUAAUUCUUCAUCCCCUUUAUAAAUACAACUUCUGUGUGCAUUCACUGCAAUAUUUACUUCUUCUCAGCCCUGGAUAUAAUGGGUUUCACCUAAAUCUGCCUAAAAUUUAUAAAGAUUCAAUCUUUACGCAUACCCAGAAAGAAAGAUUCAAUCUUUAUAAUUUAGUUCCCCUAAAUUCCUUCUGAGCAAUUGAUUAAUCUUGUUAAAAGAUUGUGUCUUUUUCGAGAAUUGUAUGAUGAAAGCUUCUCAGAAAGAUACAGAGAAGCUACUCGUUUGGGAGCAUAUGAGGAGCACUAGAGCUUUGCCUAAGUUAAUGGUUUGGUUGAUCUUGUUUGUUAUAGCUACUUAUGCUGUCUACACACUUAAGCUUGUUUUAAAUUCUCGGUCUUGUGAUGAUGAACUUUUUCCAGCAGUUAGUCACAAAAGCCUUUUGAUGCACAAAAUAGAUUCUGAUAAUUUUACAAUGUUGCUGGAAAAUCGAGAAAUUCAUAGGAAGACCGAGGUGAAGGACAUUGUUUUCGGCAUUGCUGCGUCGGCUAAGUUGUGGAAAAAGAGGAAGAAUUACAUUAAGUUGUGGUGGAAGCCGGGAAAGAUGAGGGGGUUUGUUUGGUUAGAUAAUCCAGUGAAAGGUGAAAAGGAUGAGGGGUUACCACCAUUGAAAAUCUCUGGUAAUACAUCUCAGUUUGCAUAUACGAAUAGACAGGGGCACCGGUCUGCUAUUCGGAUUUCAAGGAUAGUAUCGGAGACUUUGAAUUUGGGAAUGGAGAAUGUGAGGUGGUUUGUAAUGGGAGACGAUGAUACAGUUUUUGUCACCGACAAUUUAGUGAGAAUUUUGAACAAGUAUGACCAUAAUCAGUAUUACUAUAUUGGGAGUUUAUCUGAGAGUCAUUUGCAGAAUAUAUUUUUUUCGUAUGGGAUGGCAUACGGGGGUGGUGGAUUUGCCAUAAGUUAUCCAUUAGCUAAGGCUCUUGUUAAGAUGCAGGACAAAUGUAUUCAGAGAUAUCCUGGAUUGUAUGGCUCUGAUGAUAGGAUGCAAGCUUGUAUGGCGGAACUCGGUGUUCCACUCACUAAAGAACUUGGCUUUCACCAGUAUGAUGUUUAUGGGAACUUAUUUGGACUUCUUGCGGCACAUCCAGUGACACCACUGGUUUCUUUGCACCACCUUGAUGUGGUUGAACCAAUAUUUCCCAAUGUCACACGAGUACAAGCUCUAAGGAAACUGACAAUUCCAAUGAAGCUUGAUUCGGCAGGUCUCAUACAACAGUCCAUUUGUUAUGAAAAAAUAAAGACUUGGACCAUUUCAGUCUCCUGGGGAUUUGCCAUUCAAAUAAUUAGGGGAGUCUUGUCACCCCGUGAAAUUGAAAUGCCUACAAGAACAUUCUUAAAUUGGUAUAGGAGAGCAGAUUACACUGCAUAUGCUUUCAAUACACGGCCAGUUGCUCGAAACCCCUGCCAAAGGCCUUUUGUGUUUUAUAUGUCAAGGGUGAGAUUUGAUUCUUUUACCAACCAAACAGUGACUGUAUAUGAUCGACAUCGUGUCACUCACCCUGCAUGCAAAUGGAACUUGACGUCUCCUGCUGAAAUUGAACGAGUAGUGGUUUACAAGAAGCCUGAUCCACAUCUAUGGGACAGGUCUCCAAGGAGAAACUGUUGCCGGAUAUUGGAGUCGAAGAAGAGAAGCAUGGUGUUGGAUGUGGGUCUAUGCAGGGAAGGUGAGAUCAGUGUAAUAUAAGGAUCACCAUGGUUUCUGAUGAGGAGUGUUACAGUCUGCAGCGAAGGUUAGAUGCUUAGAUCAGUAUAAUAUAAGGGCGACCUCUGAUUCGAGCAAGGUCCAUUCUCAUGUGGAAUUCCCACUUUUACUCCCUUUCUUGGUUAUUUGAUUUAAUUUUGUAAUAUUUUACUCCCUAAACUUUUCUGGCAAUGUCUUCCAAACAGAAUCAGUUGAUAAUUAGUUAUUAGAGAAAGAAACAUUAGGCAGAAUUGUUAUACAUUGUAUUUGCCUCAACUAUGGUAUUCCUUCAACUGAUUAAAAUUGUAUUCCUUCAACUA